CGCGGAUCGUACCUCGCUCGACCUAUAGUUUAUCAACCCGGCUGACUCGAGCUCUUUAAAAAGACUGUACAACAGCUUCCCUAUCGAAGACUGUGGAACUUUUCUCCGUUACCGAUGAUCUCGUGAUAUAUACCUACUUCCUCUUUUAUUUUCUUCACUUCAAUCUCAACGAAUCUCCGUUUCGUUCGCGGACAACUGGAAUUAAAAUCCAUCGUUGCUUUAUUCGUGUACACGGUGUACGCGGAUAUACAGACGCGCGUCGUUUCUCGAGAGAUCUUCUCUGUCCGCGUUUCGCUUGUUUUCUUUCGGUUCGCGCGCGAUCACCCGAUCCGUGCGAUAGUUUCCGAAAAAGGGCCACACCAGCACGGUCCCACAGAAGGUCUUGAACCCGGCGAGAGUCCCGGUGAAUCGACAACGACGAACGGAUUCGUGGCCGUGAUCGAUGUGGCAUAAACCCGAGGGGGCCGUACUCGCGAGCGGUGGGAAACGUGGGGUACGGCCCCGAUCGAGCUGACUGCAGGAGUCGACCUGAGGUGACAGAGGUCUUCUUCGGACGUGAAGAGCAGGAUAAGCAUCGCCGAAUGCCAGUGGAGUCCUUUAGGCGGGCAGGCCGUUUCAUCCUUGUUGUUGGACUGGAAGGAGCUUGACCGGCUCGAAAAUGCUGUACAUUUUCCACGUGGACACGGGCACCACCAUCACCUUCGACAUCAAGUUGGCUCUGCAGACUGUCUCCCAGCUGAAUGAGGCGAUCGAGCGAGAAUGCGGCGUGCACUCGGCGCACCAGGUGCUCCUGAUGAGCGGAGGCGAAAGCCUGGAACUGAACACGCGUGUGUGCUCCUACUCGGCCGGAACCGACACGAAUCCGAUCUAUUUGUUCAACAAGGCCGCCAUUGAGAGUCACCAACCACCCGCGCCGAGCAUAGAUUAUGGUUCCGAAAAAACAGGAGAUCAUCAGAAGGACGUCGAUCUGCAGAGUCAAAUCGAUGCGUCGCUGGCGAUGCCAGCCACUUACCAGACCCUCGUUGCCCGAGCUCAAUUGGCCCAGCAGUGUUGCGCGUUGGCACGGGAGCAAACCAGGAUCUGCGAGAGGCUGGUGCACGAUCAACACCUCCAGCAACAGGGCUGGGCCGCCGUGGUGGCGAAUCUGGAGGACAUCACGCAGAUGUUCCAGUCGCGGGCCGAUCUUCUCCAACAGAGCUUCGCCGCCUACCUUUCGGAGAGACAGCAGCACCUGGAGCUGCUCGAGAAUUUCAACGCUGAUCUGGGCAUGCUCGCGAAGAUUCCGAUCCUGCCAGCGUUACGCGCUCAAGCGGAGGGCCUCUUGAGCCCGGACGACCAACCGAGUCAAUCCGAGAAGGAUUCGGAGGGCAGGGAGGAGGUUCUGAGCUUGCUUCGAUGGAUCUCGGCGAAGGACAAUCAGAGCAGCCUGGAGCAGGUGGCGGAGCAGUGUUCACGGGGUCUGGAGCAGUUCGACGAGAAGAUGAUGGAGGCACUGAAGGUCGAGGUGAACGCGACGAUAGAUCACGCGAACAAGCAGGACAUGAAGGAGAUCAAGGGCCUCGGUGAACGGUUGUUCGCGCUGGAGCAACUGAUGGUGCAGACCAAGAAGCUCGUUCACGAGCAGGGGGAGUUGGCCCAGAGUUUCCACAAGAAUCAAAGUCGAGCGAACAACUUGGGGGACGCGAGCGUGCUGCCCGAUCUCUGCACGUCCCACAGACACCAGCUGAUCGUGAUGCUGCAGAAUCACAAUCAGCUGCGCGACAUACGUCGCAGGUGCACCAAGGCGAAGGAGGAGCUAUCCGUGAACAUCUACCAUCGGCUGAAGUGGAUAAUGUACGUGGAGAACAAGAUGAUGGAGAUAAACGGGAAGCUCGUCAUGUACCACGAAAGUCUGAAGCGUCUGAGAAGGCACCUCGAGGUGCUCCAGCAGAUCCAUCUCGCGCCGCAGAUGUACAUGAACGCGGUGGCGGAGGUCGUGCGAAGGCGCACCUUCUCCCAGGCUUUCCUCGUUUGGGCGAGCAACCUGGCCUGCCAACUGCUCACCGUUCACAGCGAGGAGCUCGCCCGUCGAAGGGAGUUCCAGAGCAAAUUCGACGGACACUUCUUGAACUCGCUGUUCCCCGGCCUCGAGGACACGCCGCCACCUUUCGCGACCCAAGCACCGUCCGUUUUCGACGGUGGAUUGCCAAAGUUGACGACGGACGACAUGGAGUCCCUGAAAUCCCAGCUGCCCGAUUUGGCGCUCACCGUCUCGUCUCCGGAUUUGAACAGCAUCACGCAGUUCUUUUUGUCCAAGAGCCUCACCGAGGCCAGCACAGAUGGAAACAAGGAGAAAGAUAGUACUUCCAUGCGCGUUGACGCAGCUGCCAAGGAACAGGGACGAACAAGAGGUCCAAUGUCGUCCGACAGGGGUGGUUUCGAGUCGGAGACGGACACGGAAGAGUUCGAGAAGAUCGGCCAGGCCGCCACGGACUCGAAACCAGAGUCGUUCGACGGCACGAAAGAAAUGCGCCAGAAGCAAAUGGAGGUUGGUGCCUCGCGAAGCGUGUCCCCUGCUUCCUCGACCUCAACUAACGUGUCCUCGCUAAAUUCGAAAGUCGCGGACCUGACGAACCGGUCAUCCUCCUCUAGCGAGCCCGGAUCCUUCCAUUUCCCCAGUUUGUCCAUCAGCGAGCGUCCGGCUCAGCUGAGUCCGCUCACCGAGUGCGCCGAGAACGGCGAGUCGAGCUGUUUGCUUCACCGCGGCACGAACGGUCUUCCCAAAUAUUGCGACCUGCCAUCCACCUCGAUGCCCGAGGAACCGAUAUCCCUAAGUCCGAAUCCUUCCUCCUUGACACGACCUGUGAUGUGCGACGGCCAGCAGCAACAACGCCACCAGUCCAGCAGUGGCGGUAGCAGCCCCUCCGUCGGAGUAGGCGCUACCGACUUCAUGGGUACUGAGUAUUACAUGGACGAGUCUCUGCCGAGCAGUCUCAGCGAGCAUCCCGUCGACGGCCAACAUCAGGCUAUCGUUUCCCUUCUCCAGGAGAAUCUUGACAACACUUGCGAGGAAGUCGAGAGGCUCCGUUCCAUUCUGAAGACGAUGAAAGCUGUCGUCUGCGAGGCGCUGACCUCGAUCCGCCAGGAACUCGCUGUUCUGAGAGAUCGAUCCGGCGAGGACAAGAACGAUCUGUCGGAGAUGACCCAACGCGUACACGAGGCCUUGUCGUUGUACUCGCGCGAGUGCGAUCGUCGUCUUCGUGAACGCGAACAGGAGCUCACGGUGGACCACGAGCUCGAGAUGUCCGACAUGAAGAAACUGAUACAGGGCCGGGAGGAGGAGAUCUGCACGUUGAAGCGUAGCCUGCUGGAGAAGGAGACAGAGCUGGCUGACCACGAGCGUCUGAUCGCCACCAUGCGUCAGAAACUGGAGGCGGAGCAAGCAGAGAUGAGGAACUUCCAGACGCGUUUGCAUCGUCAGCUGGAGGACGUGCUGGAAGAGGCGCGUGGCGAGAAACAGGCCGCGGUCGACAAGGCGAACGACGAGAAUUUCGUGGAGAUCGUGUCUCUGAACAAGUCCGUCAUUCAGUGCCAGAAACGGAUCGAAGAGCUCGAGGAGAGUUUGGACACGGCUCGCAGCGACCAGGACAGAAUCGUCAAGGAGGUCACCAACAAGCUGGAGAUGGAAUACAAGGCUGAGCUGGAGACCCUCAAGAACCGGUUGAAGCCGAUGGCUGCGUCCACCAUGGAGACCAGCUCCACCGACUCCAGACUCGAGAAGAUCGAAAGACAGAAUGCCAUCGAGCUGGCCAGCCAGUUGCUGUCCCAGACGAACGAGGACCUCAAACUGGAGCAUCCCGUCGCGAUGCAUUCGACCAUGGACAAAGAAAGAUCAGAUUGCGUCGUGAAGCUGGAUCUCGAGUUGCAGUUGGCCAGACAGGUGGUCGUCGAGAAGGACCGCGAGGUGGAGAUGUACAAAAUGAGAGAGGUCGCGCUCGCCGAAGAAUGCAAACGUUACAAGAACAUGGUGAGGCGGUUGACCGGAUUCGAGAACAUGAAGAACAUCUCGACCGAGCCUGGAUUGUACCAGGAGUCCAGCGACGAGGGAUUAGAAAUCAGUCAGAGCAGCCAGGACGAAGGGUUGAAGAAUCUGGAGCCUAAGAAGGAGGAGAUCGAGGUGUCGGAGUCGAAGAAAGUUCGGCUGGAGAAGAGCAACGAUGCUAGUAGCCUGUUCAAGAAGCUCGAGAUCCUCGAGAAUGACAACAAGAGGUUGAACGCAGAGUUGCAGUUGCUUCGUGAGAGCAAGGAGUCGUCGGAGGCGAAGGUGGAGGCUCUGAAAUCGGAGAAACUCCGUUCGGAGAUCGAGCUGUUCACGGAAAGGCCCAGGAAGAAUUUCGCUGCUCCCAAGUCGUUGAUCUCCUCGGUCAGUCGCGAGAAAGAAAUGAACGCUUCCGUCGCCGUGGUCCCGUGGAGGGACGAGUCGCUCAGCCCGGAGCCCAAUCGGCCCUGUAGCUGCAAGACUUGCUUCUUCUCGCGCGGCCAAAAGAAGAUGAAGAAACUAGCGUCGAAGCUGGCGGCGGAGGGUCGCAUCACGGCGGUCAGCUGCAACCCGGGCGACAUCGUGUUCGUGUUCUGGGAUCCGAUACACGGCAACUACACGCUGUAUCAGGAGUCGUCGACCUUCUAUUUCCUCACCUCGGACUGCUUUGCUGAACUGGACCUGGGCUUGAAUCCCGACGGGACACCGAAAAGUAUUCAGACCAUCGCGAAGGUUGUCGACAAGGAGUUCUGUCAUGCUAGGAGGUCGGAGAACCGGUACAACGUGCCACGCGGCACCAAGUUCUAUCAGGUGCGCGUGAAGGCGGUGAGCAAUAGCGCGGAUCUGUUUGCGAGCAGUCAGCAGCAGCAGCAACAGUAAUCCUGCGGUCAGAAGGAGAACCCUUUGAUUCUUGCCUGAUUAGAAGCCCUGUAAAUCCAGGGAUCCGCGUCCAAAGGACGAGCCGCGCUCUGCCUUUGCGGUGCGCGGCUCGUUCGAGCGAUGCGGAUCCCCAGCUUAUUAACGACGUCGUCGCGACCAUCCGGAAACCCUCGGAUCAAGGCCAAAACCUGCCGGAGCCUGUAGACGCAUCCUUAAUGUCGGCGAGCAGGAGAACGAAGGUCCAAGGUAAUGGCGCGCUCGGUUUCGGGCGACACAAAACAAGCGAUCAGACGAUCAGAAGGAUGCGCUGGCGUUUCAUUGUGAUAUAAAUAAUUUUUAACAAAAGAAAAAGGAAAAAAAAUAACGAGUGAAACAUAAUUGCCGAAUGCUGUGGUUAGCUGUGACGUGUAACGACAUUUGUAUUCCUUCUUCAUAUAUAUAUAUAUAUAUUUUUUUUUUCUUUUUUUUUUGGUCCACGCGAGAGCAUGCGAGAGUGCGAGAAGUGAGAGAAAGUGAGAGAGAGAAAGGUAAAGAGAGAAAGAGCGGCAGCGAAAGAGAAACGCGCGAUCCCCGAAUAUAAUUAUUAACAACAUCGUCGGAUGACUAUUUCUUCGUGUUAAUUCGACAGACCGCGUACAUGAACGACAAAGAGAGGGAGACAGGUGUUUUUUCACUUUAAUUUCGGACACGGGAGCGGAACUUCCAUGUUCCGUGAUUCGAAGCUAUCGAUUAUUAAUUAUUAAUUAUUAUUAAAUAUUAUUAUUAUUAUUAUAUUUGCACUGUGUGAAAAAAAGAUAACGAAGAAGAUGAAAAAAAUCAUAUAGUAGAGUAAGUUUUACAAAAGAAACCAGCAAACAUAUAUAGAAAAAGUAAAAGUAAUGGCGGUAACAAGAACCACGGAUGCUUUGUGUAUGCAGAGUAUAUAUUAUAUAUGUGAUAUAUAAUAUAUAUAAUUAUAUACAUAUACGCGUGUAUACCGUUGUACGAAAGGCGUUCAAUAUUCACGUACGAAACAAAAAGGAUAUCAUACAUAGGUCCUAAGGUGCAGCUAAGAUUUUGUAAAACGAAGUAUCUCGUAACCGUGUUGUGCAAUCCUCGAGACACAUAUCUUCGAACACGUUAGGGGGAGUCUUUUUAUUUAAAAAAAAAAGAAACGAGAGCCCCGUCUCUCGGUCGACCAUUUAUUUCUUUUCUGACGAUUUCGUUUCGGGGGCCUCGUAGUCGACGCAGAUCGUCCUCGAACCCCCGUUGUCCUGCGCGCUGAAACUUCGCUCCAAGAUGGCGGACGCGAAUCGCAGGAUCGCGUGGCCGCUCGUUAGACGUGUUCGCCUCGAAGCGCGACGAGAAAGCUUACCGACGAAAGAUUUCGCGAUCUUUCGAGCCCCGUCGACGAACCGGUGCGAGGCAGAAUCUUCGUAGGAUGAAUUUUAUAAGUAUAUGCGUACACACAUACAUCACACACACAUCACCUAACACAUUAUUUUCCAUCUGUGUCGAAAAAAAUAAUCGCGUUCAGCGAGAUGAGCGUAACCGAGAGACACGCACCGAUUAGCUUCCUCGCGACAAAUUUGCUCGUAAGGUCUUUUUGAUAAUCGAUUCUGUACCGUUUACGUACACAUCACUGAAUUAUUCGUUUCUGCGCGACAGUUAAGCACUCAUAGUAUCGUACAAUAGCUGUGAUCGUUAGGCUCGACGUUUUCACUUCUACGUAGUCGUUAGUUAAUCUUAAUUCCUGGGUGUGGCGAGCCGGCUGCUCGAGGUCCGCUCGAAACGAAUCCCCCGUGCAUCGUUUCGUUUACGACCAGAGAAGGGUCAGAGACGAGACGAUCGUCGAGCGGAUCGCGAGUAUCGGUUACGUCGGACCCGAUUUCGAGUUCGAGCGAAACCGCCGUCGUUCAAGGCGGUUCUCGCCGAAAGAUGCUGAUAAGUAAGAUAAAGACGAAGCAAAUAUCGUUUUGGUAGAUUGUAGCUCGAGCUUGUCGAGAAAACGACGCACCCGCUUCUGACAUAGCGCAAAAGUAGCUCGUUUUAACGAUUCCUCUUUCUUCUACAGUUCGAACGAUGGCACCCGCGUACACACGCACUCGCGCACGGAUUUAGCACGAAUUCACACGCACGCGACCCACGGUUCCUAUUAGUAAAAUUUUUCUUGGCGGUUCCAAGGGUCCCGAAGCCGACGUUCGAUGGACGAAGAAACCACCGUCCACGUUUCCGCGUUUCAGGGGUUGUUUCGCGAUCGGUACUUGGACCCUCGAGGCACGUCGAACGAGCAUUUAACUGCAACGUCGUUAGACGGUCACUCGACGCAGCAGCUUAUGCUCGAGCACGGUGCCUCGAGGUUCUCUUACAGCUAGGGAAACGACGCGAGCGCGGUAUCGAGCGACGAGAGACACUUUGGGGAUGAAAUUGUUUACCGAGAUCGUUUGGAAGUUCGCAGACAAGGCUGGUGAUCGUAUCCGUCUGUUAGAAAUGUUUAUUUAAUAUGUUUCUGAGAGUGUUGGAGUGAUCUGUUGGAACGAGCGUUAGCAUUACGAAGAAAAGUAAUGAUUUAAUAUAUUACUAUACAAGUACUUACAGUAUAUAUAUAUAUAUAUAGUUAUAUAUAUAUUGUGUAAAUUCUAAACGGGGAUAAUCGGAGAUGUAAACGGUGGUGAAAUAUUUAAAGAGCACUCCAAUGGUCUGAUAAUUGUGUAAUCGGUAUAACGUGAACGUUGGAGCGAUCGGUCGAUAGACGUUUACCGAUGUAUCGCGAUUAAGAUGAUGACGCGUGUACUUCGUGAAUUGUAAACGUCGAUACUCGUAAGAGUAUAGAAACAGUAUAUAAUAUACCGAACGCUUCGACGUGUGAUUAUCGUCGGAUGUUUAAUUAGUAACGAGGAUGUUGGAGCGAUCUUUUUCCUAAGAGAUGUGAUAUAUCGCUGUAAGAAGGAGUAAUGUACGUACUUUUAGUAAACUUUAAAUAUCGAGGUUCGUAAGUUUGAGGGAUCAGAUCAAAAUGUACAGAACACUCUAACAGUAGAGCAUUGUAAAACCGAUUAUUUGAUCAAUAACGAGCAUUAUCUGUUGAUGUUUCGAUGUAUCGCUAAUGUGUCCGAACGUGAUGAGGAAAAAAAAGAAGAAAAAUGGUGAAGAGCAUCGACGGAUGAUUGGGACUCUGUGGACCAUUACGAUUUAAACUUUGCUAUUCAAUGUUUAUAAAAGACUUUGCAACCAUGAUCUUUUCUUAAUUUUUGCUAUCCAUUUGAUGGUUGUAAAGUUGACUUACAUUCCAUUGGAAGGCGGAUUUUAUACAAGCUAUAGUUUUUAUACUAAUCUCUAUAGAAAUCUUGGUCUCGAAGCAAUUUCAUCCUUGGGGUCGAGUCUUCUCGAGGCAUCGAGCAAAUACGACGAACGAUCGCGUCAUUUUUCUCCCGUAAGGAGAGUCGACGAUGAGAAUGAAUGAUUUUUGUACGGUGUGUGUGCAAAAUAUUGAAAACGAUAAGUGACAAAGCACAUGCUUAUACUCGGUUAUCUUUUACAUUCUCGAGUUCUACUAAUUGUACCACGUAAACGCGAUGAGAAACUAUCUACGUUCACUUUGGGAUCCAUGAAUGGAAAAUUGUAUUUAAAUUAGAGAGGGAAAAGAAAGAACAGAGCACUAUUAUCUCUAACUACGAAUGCAGUUAAGAAUUUUUAAAUACUGAGAUAUCAAAUUAAUGGAAGAAAAAAUUAAUAGUCGAUUAACGAAGUAAAGAUUAAAAGAGAAGACAUAGUAGACACUAUCAUUUUUGUUGUUGGCGAAUCGAUGAAAACGUAUCGUGAACAUCAUGACUCGGAAUGUUCACCAAGGUGAUAACAUUAGCUGCAUUUUGUGUAUAGAACCCUGUUUGCAUAUCAUUUACCGGGCAUUAUGACGAAAUCAACGAGCUACAACGAAACGAUCCUCGAAUAACAUCAAGUACGAAAAUUUACAUCGACGAACGUGUAAGGUUCUGAAUGAAUACCAAUAGUUUCAAUAGUGUCUUUUUAGAAUAUAACGAGUGCAAAGGUUAUUCGAGGCUCGUAUCGUUAUAGCCCAAUGAUUUUUGAAAACGUAUUAACAAUGAGAUGCAUAACAAAUCUUGCGUUAUCGCGUUGAAGGAACUUCUGAAUUGAUCUACCGGCAACAAAAAUGAAGAAUUCAUACCGAUAGCGACGAAACAGAAAAAAAAAGAUAGUCUCGAGCAGCUAAAAUACUAGACGAUCUAAGUUUAAUUUUUUCUAAGACACUGGAAAAGUACACAUUUAGUUUUCAGUUUAUUUUCAAUAUAAAAACAAGAUUACUUAUUUUAUUUUAUUUUAGAUAAUUCCUCCCUGAAGAGGUUAAACCACCAGUCUUCGACCAUUUUAAGCUCACGACACGAUUUAAACGAACACUUUCCGAACUUGGAGUACAAUUUUGAUCUUGAAUAAUUAUAGUAAGAGUUUUAAAAAAAUAUAAUAAGUAUUUAACGAGUAAGAACGUUUAUUGCUGGUACUUGGUUAUCCAAUGGUUUGUUUAUACUUAUCGUCUCCAACAUUUUGCACUCGGUGAGGCUGCGUGAUGCGCGAAACACGAGCGUCGAAAGAACAAACGCGAUGGACACGAUGUAUAUCGAUGUCCUUCCGGUUCCCCUUGGAAUCCCCGCAGCGAGCGACAGCGUUUCUUUUCCCAUCUUCACUCCAAGAGUACUCGGGAUCCACGCUCUCGUCGUGGCCGAGGAGCUUGUGCGCCUGGUUGGUUGGCAAGUAGAAUCAAAACCGACGGACUGCUUACGGAUGAAACGCGAUCGUGAAUUCCGUUCGAUCCGUCGGCCCGGUAAACGAAUUCCUAGUUUCCCCCGUUCGUCCGGUUUUGGGUGAUGUACACUUACGAAUCCGAAUAUCAAAGCAACGUGCCUGCAACGUAAUAGCUGCGUUACUUAUCGAGAAUGGCUUCCGUAGGCCGAGAAACAACGAGUCGCGCGUCCGAUCGAGAGAUCACAUCGAUCCGCGUAACGCCCGUUUCAGGGAUCUCGCGGAGCGUUCGACGAACGGAACGGCGCGCGAAACGAAACGAAAACGAUUCCCGUGGACGUACCAUACCCCGCCGCGUUGCAAGAUGGCCGCGACGGAGCGCGUCGGAGCCGCCACCUCAGAAAACGAAGAGCGGACAUUCGCGAAACGAGCAGUCGGAUUCGAACGGACAGAGGAACACCGACGACGCGAACGCUGAAGAAAGAGAACCGGAAGAGGAUAGGAGCCGCGUUUUUAUAUUCCUAGCGAUUCUCGCGACGUCGAUCGAACCGCGAUUUGAUGUCCCCCUUUUUUACCUAGACGCCUAAAACGAGAAAAAAAAAACGUAUGAAAUUGUAACGUAGCGACGAUAGUGAUUUGUUUUAAGCGUGACUCGUAUAGGAGAAGUGUAAUUCGAUUGUAGUAGAAUACUCUUCUUUUUUUUUUUUAUCGACCAAAAUUAAUACGCUUAGGAAGGUUUCUACCGUAAAUCGUUGUUUGCGCGCGGAAAGAGAGUCUUUCGGAUGUCGUUUACUUUUAGGCUUCUCGAGACGGGCCCGCAACGGCGUACCGUUUAUUUUUUCACUCGCACGAGGAACAUUACACAGCCGUUUCGUUGGAUAACGAUUACUGUUAUACGAUCGAUCCGACAUAACCCUCUACCUUAGGACAAUUGAAUCUCGCGACGGUGUUAGAAAUUCGUUCGAUGGAUAAACAAUUCUCCUGGGGAACAAAAUGCAAAAUGCACAUGCAGCGAGUCGCUUGUAGCUCCGAGUUGUGUGGCAGGUUCGCACGAACGCAGGAAUUCGCUGGCAAACGUGAUCCGCGAACGCGGGAUUCGCUGCACGGGACGGUUCAACGAGCCAUCCGAUUAGACGUUGCUCAUCGAAUUCGACUAGCUGGCCCAAUAGUAACCCCUUCGAAGGGCACUCGUAGAAGUUGCUCCCGCGCUCUCUUUUUUCUUGGCAGCUGUUCACGCGAACGGUACGAAAGCGUUUUAUAGGCGCGUGCACGACUCGUUUGAUCGUCCAGCGAUCGCGCGCGAGCGGAUUCGCAACCGUUUUCGUUUCUCGUCUACCUUCGAGUCCGCCGCUCGAGGGAAACCAAGACUCGAUGGCAGAAUCGCAAAAAAACGAAAUGAAAUACCUAAUAAAUAAAAAAAAAAAAAACUAAUGAAAAAAUGAAGAAAAAGAAUAUCGCGCAUGUAACCCGAGAAAGUGUAACGCAAAUAGGUGUAUGAUAAUAUUACAUUAACGUACAUACAAUUGUGAUCGUGAGUGUAUCUGUUACGAAUAAAUAAAUUACGAAUAAA